CCGAAAUUUCCGUCGCGAUAGUAAACAGACAAGAUGGCGGCCCGGUGGGUCCUUUCACCGUCCAGAUACUGGAUGACUCGGUUCCUCUCCCCUGCGGAGUUGAGGCGGACGGGCUGCCUCAGGGUGCGCUGCACCGCCGUUGCCAUGACAACAGCUCCUGUAGUAGCAAAAAUUCCGAGAGGUUCUCAGAAAGAGAGGCAGGAAGAAAAUAAGAGACGAGGAGGAGUCUUGUGGGCCGCAUUUGCUCUGAGUCUAUUUGGGCAGCAAGAACAAAAAGACGAAGUCCAGGAGAAACAUGACGAGAUGGUUCUGCUGUUAAAGAAGGCCAAGCUCAGUAUUUACCGUGGGAACAUGGAGGACGCAACGGAUUUCCUCCAUAAAGCUGUUGUAUUGGCUCACCAGCUGCAGGACCAGGCAGCCAUCAUCUACACCUACAUCCAGAUGGCGAACUUGGCGUUUGUGCGGGGUCAGCUGGACAGUGCUGAAAAACUUUUUAAAGCUGCCAUGAGUUUCAUGCUGUCGGGGGGAACGGCACAGGACGACAACGCCAUCAUUGAAAUGUCUCUGAAACUGGCGACCAUCUACGCUGAGCAAAACAAGAAGGAGCUAGCUGAACAUGGGUUCCGGUUCUGUUUGGACUCACUGGAGGCGAAGCUUAAGCAACUUUGCAAGCAGCCUCCAGGCAAGGAGGUCGCUGGUGAGGUCACAGGUCAUGUGCUCACAGGGGAAGAGGAAGACCUGAGGAAAGAGACUCGUCUCCUGUUGGGACUCUGUUUGGACUCCCGAGCCCGCUACAGAAUGUCUUUUCGACAGCUGGAUCAGGCAGAAACGGACUACAGGUCUGCUCUGGACAUCUGUGCCCAGGAACAGGGCGAGGCUCACCCUCAGACACUGGUUCUGAUGAGCGACUUGGCCACGGUCUUGGAUCUGCAGGGGCGCUAUGAUGAGGCACUGGUUCUGGUCCAGAAGGCAGUGGAUCUGGGUCGCUUAGCCCGCAACGAAGACCAACACGUGUUACUCAGCAAUCUAGCCGGAGUCCUGCUGCACAUGGGAAGAUACGAGGAGGCGGAACGGAUCUACAAGGAGGCUAUGUUCCAGGCCAAGCAGGUCGGGGACCAGGCGACCCAGGACCAGAUCCAGGAAAGUCUAGAGGAGCUGAUGAGGAGGAAGCAAAAGUGAAGGACAUUCACUGGAUCUCACUGGUAGUCAGUGAAUGCAUCGGUGCUUCAGUGACUCCAGUGACCCCCGGGGGGCGGCGAGACUUCUGUCAUGUGACACGCUCAACUUCACCUGGGGAAUAAACACAAACAAACAAAGUGGUGAUUAAGUUGUUUGACUCAAGCAGCGGCCACUGGUUCUGACCCAAUACUGCCACCUCCCUGGACUUUCCCACGAGAUGUGAACUUCCUGUUGUCUGUUGGCUGAGAUUUCCACACAAAAAGUCGUGCUGACUGUAAACACACCUGAAACACACACACACACACGGUGAGAAACUCACACACAGACUGUCAUGCUAACACCAUCAUAUUAUGAUCAUAACACGCACAGCAGCUAUAAAAGCUCAUGCUGCUGUGGUCAGUAGUGAGGUAGGUCUCAUGCUCAUCCUCUCAGGUGGUGGUCACUGCUUCCAUCACGGGUCUAGACAGACUGCGGAGUGGCAGCCGGACCACAGCGGACCUCCUGGAUCAUCUCAGGCUGCUCUCCUCUCCUUGAGUCCUGACUUUCUUCCGGACCCUAACUAGGAUCCAAGUGGAGAAGAGCAGAAGUGAGAUCUGAACUUUGUCCUGACUGUGUGAAACGGUCCUGUGACCGGACCACACACACACUUCAUUAGCUGAUGAGCUUUAGCUCCACAGGUGUCAGGUUUAUUUUCUCACAGUCAAGUUAAGACCCCCCACCUCCAUC